GCCCGGCCCUCCCCUCCCCCAGGGCCCCACCAACCACAGCCGGGUUCACCAAGGGGCUUAGAUGGUCCUGGAGAGAGACCAUGGCGUCUGCCGCACCCAUCCUGCUCCUCGUGCUCCUUCUUGCUUCACUUGCUCCUGGGCAGAGGCGAAGGCGGCCCCCAGCCCCGGAGAGUGUCUUUGAGAAGAUCAAAAUCCAGGAGAACUUUGACCUCCAGCAGUUCUCAGGGAAGUGGUUCCUGGUUGGUGUGGCCUCCAAAUGUGACUACCUAAGAGAAUAUAAUCACCAGCUGGAAGCAACCACCAUGGCGGUGUCUGCCUCGGAAGGGAAGUCGCUGGCCAUCAGUACCUUCCGGAAACUGGAUGGAGUAUGCUGGGAGAUUAAGCAGCAAUAUCGCUCCACCAAGGCCAAGGGGCGAUUCCUCCUGAAAGGCCGUGGCAGCAACGUGGAUGUGGUGGUGGGGGAGACAGACUACAGCAGCUACGCCAUCCUGUACUACCAGAAGCUCCGGAAGAUCUCCAUCAAGCUCUAUGGACGCAGCGUCCGGGUCAGUGACGCCAUCGUGGGUAAAUUCGAGCAGCGCAUCACAGAGAUGAACAUGAGCGAGGACUUCACCUACUACUUCCCCACGUAUGGGUUCUGUGAGUCUGCGGAUCAAUUUCAUCUGCUCGAUGAAACGAAGAUUUAGGUGAAGAGGGAAAUGCCAGAGACCCCGGGAGCCAACCAGCCACGUCUGCAACCAUGCUGGGCACAGGAGCCUGGCCACGGGAUCUGCCAGUGAACUCUGUGGCCCAGUUAUUCAGCCAGGGCUGGGGAGCUCCAGGUGGACGCUGGGCCAAGGGAGUGAUGAAGGGGUGGGACUGGGGUCUCCUCUGUAGCCCUAACCCUAGUGUUUGUUCACCCCCAGCCCUUGCUCCCCCUCACUCCCCAGGCUCAUGUCUCUUCCACACGAUAUCACCACACAAAGGCAGAUUCGGGUUUUGUGGGGCUCUGCACCAGAGCAGUGGGGCCUGCUCCCCACCCCUUCCUCCUGCAGUCCCCCCCAACCCCCUCUGUGCUUCUGCCGGAGAGCGGGCUUGGGGAGCAGGGGCUUCCCCCCACUUCCUGGCAGGAGCGCCGAGUGGGCAGAGUGGGUUGGGGCACGGGGGCGCCCGAAUUGGCCGGGGCCCCGUUGGCCCAGUGGCUAAUCCAUCAAUGCUCCUGUGCCCUCCUGCGGGAUCCCUGGCCCAGCUGCCCCUCACUGCUACUGCCCCGCUCCCCUGACCUGAUUCGGCGCUCGCUCUCCUUGCUGUCCCCAGAGGGGCUGUGCGUCCCCAUGAGGAAGCCCUGCUCUUCUGACACUGACACAGCAUGGCCAUCAACCCUUCGCUUCCGCCUCCUGUUCACCGCCCCUUUCAAUUGCUCAGGGCCUGGCUGGGCCGUUGUGCUGGGCUCAGUCUGACUGGCAUGGAGCAGAUGCCCAGCUCACGCUCUCUCUCUGGACUCCACAAUAAACGCGGGCCAGGCUGGAAGGCCCCUGUGCUCCUUGCA